AUGGCUGAGCGAGGGGUCGUGGUCAGCUACGAAACGGUGCGGGCCUGGUGCAGUAAGUUUGGUCGAGAAUACGCCAAACGACUUCGUCGAAACAGGGGGCGCCUGGGCGACACGUGGCACCUUGAUGAGGUAUACCUGAAAAUUGACGGCCGGUUUCAAUAUCUGUGGCGGGCCGUUGAUCAAGAAGGGCAGGUCGUUGACAUACUGGUUCAAAGUCGCCGUGAUACCGGCGCUGCCAAGCGCUUCUUCCGAAAAUUACUCGGCAAAGAAUGCACUGUACCAAACCGGGUCAUCACGGAUCGACUAGGAAGUUACGGCGCGGCAAUGCGCCAAUUGAUUCCCAAGGUUGAGCACAUCCAAAAUAAGGGAGCUAAUAACCGGGCGGAGAAUUCUCACCAACCGACACGGGAACGUGAGAGACGACGGAGCCGAUUCCGAUCGGCAUCGGAAGCUCAGAGAUUUCUAUCAACAUUUUCAGCUAUAUCAAACCAAUUCCGAGAAGGACGCCACCUAAUUCAGGCAUCAACUCAUCGCGCCUUGAUGACGAGACGAUUUGCGGAAUGGCGCGUCAUUUGCGGGAGCGUUGCGUAA